AUGAAGAAGUAUCAUGAUCAGGGGCGACAUGUUGUGUCCUUCAAAGUAGGUGACUCUGUCUACUUGGAGCUUAGGCAAUUCGGGCAUAAGACCAUGAGGAAAACCACAACUGCAAAGCUGAACCAGAAGUUCUAUGGGCCUUAUAGAGUGUUGGAGAAACUGGGCAAUGUGGCAUACAAGCUUCAGCUUUCACCAACUUCACAGUUGUACCCGGUAUUCCAUGUUUCCUUACUCAAGAAGAAGGUUGGAGAUCUGAGUCUCGUUGGGGAGGAGUUACCUACAGUGGAUCGAGAGGGAAGGACCCUUACAAAGCCAAAGGAAGUGAUCGGAUAUAGGCUGCAUCGGAGGGGCCGAGAGAGACCCAAGGUGUGGCAAGCAUUGAUCCUUUGGGAAGGAUUAUCAAGGGACGAGGCAACUUGGGAGGACUAUGAUGGGCUGGAGAAGAAGUAUCCCCAAUUGAUCCUCGAGGGGAAUGUCAAAACCCCAAGGCAGGAGGCCACGGGCCAUGCCAUGACCAACACCCGCCCCUGCCAGGACAGCACGCCAGCAGCACUGUUGGCAUCACUUGAUUGCCCACAGACCAAGCUCGUGGUGAACGCUAGGCCAAGGUCACCCUCCAUCAGGCAGCGAACAGCCAGUGCACGCGCACGGCUAGACUGCACGCAUGCCUAG